ACAGUUUUCUCAGUUUGACCCAAUGGUGGCACUGGUCCGCUGUGACCGAAAUUGUGCAACAUUCAGGUUUCAUGCCAGGAUAAGCAGAGUUUCGUGAUGCAGUUGGUGAUUGCUUGCUUGACGCCAUUGUUCUGUUCCUGUUGCCUUUGUGGGAUCUGCCGGCAGUUGUACUUUGUUUUGACAAAGGUUUGGUUGACUUUUCGAACGUAAGCCGCGGCUACAUAAGGACUGCCUCUGCCCACAGUCGGCGUUGCAGCACAUCGUCCAUCGCGCUACAUACUAAGAUCAGGCAUGGCGAAGCUGAAGGUUCCGAGUCGAUUAUUGCGCAACAGGACAUCGAAAAUCUCUCCGCCUUCCUCUCCCAUUCACCGCCUUCCUCCCGAACUUCUCAUCGAAAUCUUCCUGCAGGUUACCUGGGAACCAAAGAUGCGGGACAUGUGGGGUGUCAGGCCCACCGGCCUACCCUUGGUCAUCUCCCAUGUUUGUGGUAUCUGGCGCGACGUCGCUAACAAGUGUUCUUCCUUGUGGACUUCUGUGGCCAUUCAGCGGUCAUCAGCAGUCGCCGCGCCAGCCACGUCUCAUGUUCACGAUUCUGUUAACGGAUCUCGAGUCGGCUUUCCUCUGGCCCAGCUCUAUCUCCAACGUUCGGGCGAACAACCUGUCAAUGUCGAAAUCGUUGUCCGACCACCCCCAUCGUUCCGGGAUUGGUGGACUCGCAGGCAUGCAUAUGUGCUAUCCGACCUUCUCCUUCCUCACGCUGGACGAUUCAAAAGGCUGGUGAUCAACCAUCAUUCCUGGGAGUGCCAUCGCAUUCUUUGGGAGCGCAUCUUUGCUAUCUCGAUGCCCAUUCUGGAAGAUCUACAGUUCUACCACUUCUCCCUCCGGGAUGCCGACGAAGUGUUUGCGACUGGGGGCUUGGCUCCACCCAAAGCAGAGCUAUGCCCGUCUCUUAAAGACAUGAUCAUUGGUGUUCCAUGCCGGUGGCAAGGAUUCCGACAAUCAAACCUGACAUCCCUCAGUUUCGCACGGCUUCUAGUGCAUCACUGUCCAAAGAUCCAAGAAUUGGUUGAAAUCCUACGGCUCAGCAAGGAUACCCUCGACAAGGUCGAGAUCCUCGGUGCGUUUGAGGCCGGAGACUCCGGGGCCUCGUUCUCUCCUGGUGAACGUUUAUCGCUGCCUAACGUUCGCAUGCUUCGUCUCGGAUUUUAUAAUGCUCGCGACCUCCGGCCGUUGCUCCACCGUGUCGCGUUUCCUGCGCUUAGGGCCCUGGUUAUAAUCAACAUGUAUGGUGAAGACGCAUUUGGAGGCUAUAUGCGUGAUCUCCAUGCCCUUUGCAUCAGCCACCUUUUUGAUACUAUGAUACGCUUCCUACCCUUGAGCCAGAUAACCUUUCUUAUUCUUCGAUAUGUGUGCUUUCGAGAGGAACGGUUCCCAGCAUGGGCCAGUUUCCAACGGGGCUGCGUCGAAGAGAAACACUUGCCCACGCCGUUGAGGUUCAUGGCAUCCUUGACGUCGCUCAGGCACCUUUUCUUAAUCUCCCCUGACACCGCGACCUUGACGUCGAUGAAUUACCCCAUGCCCCUCAUGUCCACAGAGGACUCUGUAUCCCGACUGCCUCUGGUCCUCCCAAACCUUUCCUUCCUGCGGAUCAUGGCCCUCUCGCCAAAAAACUACAGAAAUAUUUUUGACUGGAUUGUCCAAAGGCACUCUGUGUUGCGCGCGGCUCUAAGUGAACGCUACCAUGUUGGGCCUUUCCUUCGAAGAAUGCAUCUGUGCUUACCCGAGGACGCACAAGCAACGGUUGACGCACUAGGAUAUCCUGGACUGGCGUGUGAAGAGACCGUUUCAUACCGUCCUGGUAUUCACCAGAUGAAAUACCCUGUCAUGCACGAUGACUUUUAAUUAGAGCAGCUUAGAGUUUAGAAAACCGACAUGUGGUCCCACUAGAAAAUUUAGUAUUUAUAGAUUUUCUCCAAUGCAAUGCUGCGGAUCC